AUGGUUGCUGCAGGUGGAUCUGGAUCAAUAUAUAAAAGUUAUGGAGCUCCUGGUGGAGAUCUGACUGGUUAUAAAGUUCAAGCGUACUUUUCUAAAAAUUUUGUAAAAUCUGACACUUCACAAACCGACGGAUAUUCACUUGGGAUUGGCCAAAAUGGAGUUAAUCAUGAUUGGGUUCCCACAUCUGGUGCAGGUGGUGGAUACUAUGGAGGAAAAACAGGAAAAGUAACAGAAAAUUUAAACACUCAAUAUCUAGCCGUUUCAUCCAGUGGCUCGAGUUAUAUUAGUGGAUAUGAAGGAUGUAAUUCUAUUGAUGAAAAUGGCAAGCAUACAAAUAGUCCUAAUCAUUAUUCAGGAAUUAUAUUUUAUUAUGGUAUAAUGUAUAAUGGGAAUACAACAUUUCUCAGUCCAUUAAAUGUUCCUGAAGAAGGACAUAUUGGAGAUGGUGCCGCCAGAAUAACGUCAUUAUAUCAUAACUGUUCAUGUCAACAAUAUAAUUAUAUACAAACAAGCAUUUUGCUUAAAUUCAUUAACAAUUUUGUUACACUAGAAUUUAACUAA